AUGUCUCUUUGUCGGAGGUUACGGAGAAAAUUACGGAUGAAGAAAAAGAAAGAUAAGCCCGUACCUGCUGUCGUCGCCCCAGCCCCGCAAGUCAGCCCAGAAAACGACACCGACCCAACGCGUAUUACUUCUCAGCAAAACCGCAGUCCAUAUAGUGUUACUAUAGAGGAAAGAAUCCGCUAUCAGAGGGUAGUUCUAGGGAUGACAGAUGAUCAGAUUCGAAAUGCUUUACCCCCUGGACAUUACGAUAUUACCCUUGUUGCGGACAGCCCGUCGCGGCCCUCAGGCCCGGGAGAUAUAGCAUAUGUAUAUAUGGAGCCUGCCCGAUAA